CGCAUGCAACUGAAAAGCAAAAUAAUAAUUGUAUAACUUAACGUUGUUGUAAAUAAAAAAACGUAUCACAGCAUGGCGCAAAUGCUUUUAAGGAACUUCAGUGCGAGAAGAGCCUGUGGUCUACUGUUGAGCAGCCAAAAACAACAACAGGAAACCUGUGGACUGCACACAACACCGGCCUGCUGUGAGAUUCGCAAAUUGGCUCGCCUGCGAGUUGUGGACAACAGUGAUUUGGGCAAACGGGCUAUGGCCGAGGGACGACCGCCCAGAUGCAUUCAUGUCUACAAUAAGCGCGGUGUGGGCUACAUUGGUGACAAAGUGCUCGUGGCUAUCAAAGGUGAAAAGAAGAAGGGUAUACUUGUGGGUCUAAAGCAGAAUCAGCGACCCAAACAACCGAAAUUCGACAGCAACAAUUUGGUGCUGAUUGACGAUAAUGGCACUCCGCUUGGAACACGCAUCCAUGUGCCCAUACCCACCAUCUUACGCACCAUACUUAAGGAGAAGACUCUGGCAAAGGGCGCGGACUACACAAAGGUGCUCGCUAUCGCCAGUCGUUAUGUUUAGCAAUUGCAAUUUUUUAUCAAAGUUCCCAUUAAAGUUUUAAUUAUUUCUAUUAA